AUGGACCAGGAGGCCCAGGAGGCCCAGCUGAUUGUCCAUCUUUCAGAAGCAUUUAAUAAGGACGAGGUGUGGCAGCUGGCCGCUGCAGAAGCAUUGAGCAAGGCCACGAAUCUGGAACGUGUGCUAAUUCGCGGUAGCACAGCGGCCAAACAGCUGAAGCUCGUGGAUGUGCUUAUCCGUAAAACCUCGGCGGCUGGCCUCGGUGCGGGGAGCGCGGCUGGAGCCGGCGCGGCGGCAGGGCCGGGCCCCGGGAGCACGGCAGCUGACGGCCUGCCAGCUUGCAAGCUGCAGCUCCGGCAAGACUCGCAGAACCAGGACCUGUUCUUCUUUGAGCCCAUGGACACUGUCAGUGCUGCAGCUGCCACAAGUGCUGGCGUGAACAGCAUGUUCUUCCUGGACCCCAAGGGCAGGCAGAUAGCUGAGCUGAAGAAGUGGCUGGACCUUGCCGAGGAUGAGUACUGUAUGGGGAGACCCAUCCGGCCGCUGUUCAUCAACGGUCUGGUCAAGGUGGGAUAUAACGGCCUGACCAAGGACGGAGAGCUCCUUGUGCAGCUUGUGUCCAACCCACAUGAACAGGGUUGGAGAUUCUGCCAAUCGCCCAACACGUCCACAUCCAGCCUUGGCUCAGCACAUAAGCACUAGGUCGGGCCUACAUGCUGCUCCUUCCUUGGCCAUAAUAAACACCAAGCCAGGGGUUUGCGCCACAGCACUUGGGCUCCUACAUGUGCGAGUGUGAACCUCACAGGGCUCCGCCAGUGAUACUCAGGCCAGCAAUAUCCGCCCAGCAUCCCUCAACCGUAUCAACUUCAGGCAGAUUAUACAUUAACCACAGAAGGAGCGAAGGAGCGAGCUUCAUGGCGCAAGAACUUGCCUGGCGACGAACCCUUGUCGCCCCUCGGCCUGCAAUGUGUACGGAACGUGCAGCCCUGAAAUGCUGUUUUCCUUGGCGCCGGAAGGCGCCACAUUUUUUUAGUUUUAAUUACCGAAAUUAUGCCCUC